AUAUAUCUUACCAUAUAUCUGUUUGACAGGUAUAAUGACGGCGAUUGCUCAAGGUACUGUUAGAAGUAUCGUGUGCAACGCAAAAUUAAAAAUAGACGUCGUACCGGUUGAUUUCGUCGUUAAUACGAUGAUCUGCGCAUCUUGGUCUAAUUUUGUGCAACGUACCAAAAGGAUCAAGGUUUACAAUUGUACCAGCAGCACAUUGCAUCCUAUUACAUGGAAUGAAUUUGGAUACCUUAUAAAAAAAUACUCUACAGAAUUUCCAUCAAAACACGUGAUGUGGUAUCCAGGUUUCACAUUCAGAACAAACAAAUUUAUUCACGCCAUUGUUAGGGCAACAUUACAUUUUCUGCCUGCCUUCAUCCUAGAUUUGAUAUCAAGAGCCCGAAGCCACAAAUCCAUAAUGCUGAAGUUAACCAAGCGGAUUGACCUCUCCGCCCAAACAGGAGAAUUUUUUUCCACUCAUGAGUGGAUAUGGCGUGUAGAUAAUAUGAUUGCUUUGAUGGAAUUUGCAAGCACACACGAAAGCUGUAGAAACUUUGAAGUGAAUAUUCAAAAUAUGGAUUGGGACAUGUACUUACAACGGUACAUAUUAGGAAUCCGUAAAUAUAUCUUGAAAGAAAAUCUGGACACUUUACCUUAUGCUCGAAGUCGAUUAAAAAAAUUGUACUUGGUGCUUCAAUGCGCAAAAAUACUCGGUUUCGUUGCAUUAUUCGAAAGUUUAAAGUACUUAUGUCGCACAAUAGUAUGGAAAACAUGAAUACAAAAUUUAGUACUACAAUCAGAUAUAGGAUAGUAUUUUUCACAUUUAUUGUUAUAUAAAUUUAACAAUAGAUUUAAUGCGUAUAAGGAGUUAAGUAUACCACCGUUGGGAAAAUAUUCCAAUGUUCAAAAGUAUGUAAUAUCCGCAGCCUCGAGCAGAGAAGUGGAAAGAAAGCGGUGGAGAGGACGAAAGAGAAGUGCAAGGGUUGUAGAAGGAAGGGUUAAGGAAUGCCGGUUAAGGAAUGUCGGUCAAAGGAGGUGACAUACUUUUCAUGCAAGACGAAGGGGCAUUUUCAAUCCGACUGUCCGAAUAAGGGAAAGGAGCAGUCGUCGAAGGCAGCAGAGGCGUUAUUGUGAAACGAAAUUUAUUUAAUCUUUGCAAAAUGUAUUAUAUUAUUAUUCGAUAUCAUCAAAGAUUAAUCUUUAUUAAGAAUUUGUAACAAAGACCAAAUAAACAAGCAAACAAAUGGUUAAUUUAA